AUUAACUUUAAACUCUAAAGAACCCAAAAUUUGAGCUCAUCUCUCAAACAAUCUCCCAUACUCUCUUAUACCCCAAUCUCUCCUCCUACCCCAAUAAAUCCAUGGAUGUCACUCCCUCCCAAAUCCCACUUCCACAAAUAGAAUUUGACAUCUAUAAAAGGCUGAGCAUACAGUUACGUAUAAUUAAUAUUUAUAACUCUAAUGUCAGAAGAACUCGUUGUCUAUAUGAACAUUAUUUCUCCUUACUCAAGGCUUGUUAUGUCAAUGUUGGCCCUACUAGAUAUUCCUCAUAAAGAGAGGGUCAUCGACACUUCUAGAGGAGAGCAAAAGAAGGAAUGGUACAAGAAAAUCAACCCAAAGAUGAAAAUCCCUGCUAUCAAAGACGGAGACCACAUCAUGGCUGAGUCAAUUGACAUUUGCAAGUACCUUAUUGAGUCAAGGAAGCUCAAGACCCCCGCUUGGCCUGUCGAUGAUAGGGACAGGAAUGAGCAGAUGGAGAAGGACCUUGCUGACUUUGAAGACCUGGGGGAAGCCACAAUGGCUGUAGCGUAUAAGUGCUUUUACAAUAAAGUGUUUGGGAAGAAACUUGCCAGUGCGGAAGAAACUAAGCAGUAUAAGGAAGAUCUUUAUAAGGUAUACGACCUUUCGGAGGAAACACUAAGCGAGAGAAGAACAUAGUUCUUGAACUCAGAUGAGCACCCAGCUAUUCAAGAUUAUCUAUUCUAUAAUUUGGUGAGAGUCGUUUUUGAUAUCAAUAUGGUCGACUUUGAGAAGUAUCCUAUGAUGAAGCAGUGGAUGGAUGCAUGUGCAAAAGUACCCUCUAUAGCAGUAAUUAACGUUAGAUUGGAGAAAGAAAAUAAGAGAAUCAGAUUCUUGAUGAAAUGGGUUCUGCCUAUCGUCAGAUGUCUCACCUGCAAAUGCUGCUGUUAGACUA